AUGGAUGAUGAUAGUAGUAAUAAUAACAUGAUUAGUGGUGAGAAGAAAAGAGGAAAAGAUAAUAAAGGAAGAAGAUUUUCAAAGAGAACAAACGAAUUGGACAUUUUACAGCAAUUAAAUGACGCGAGCGAAUUACUUUAUCUUCAACUGCCUGAAAAUGUUAAGGCAAUAUUGGAUAAACUUAAAUUAUUGCAACGAAAUGAAAAAUCUUAUGUUUUCGAUCAAAAAUUAGAAAAUGGUGAAUGGCAGAAUCAAUUUAUAACUUUGGAAGCUGCUUUACUUUCAAUUUUAAUAUUAGCUCCACCCUUAUUGCUUGUUAACCCACCCAAUUUUUCAAGACCUGCUUCAAUUUUACAAAAUGACGACAACAUUAAUAAUACCAAAGAAGAACAAGAUGACGAUAAUCAACAUCUAAACCCAAAUACUACAACUGAUAUUAGCAACUCUAUGGAUGAAUAUUCCAAUAAGGGUACCAACAAUAAUGGUAGAUCUAGAUAUGGCGGUGGUAGUCAAUAUGCAAAACGUCAAAGUCAUUCGUCAUCCAGAACUUCAAAUUCAUCAUUUGUUUCAGCCCAAUCAAUAAAUCCUACAAAAAGUUCUUCUCUAAUAAAGCUUAUAGAUGCCUCGUCACUUUUAACAAAUACAAUUAGAACUUUAUUAUCAAAACAUAGUCAAACUUUGAUAAGUGCAUUUGAUGAUUCGGCAACUUUGGAUGCUUAUAACGAGUUGAAUGUCAAAGUUAAUGAAGAAUCUGAUCAUGUAUUAAAACAAAUUAGAAUUAUCACUGCUCAAGGAAAAAUGGUUUAUGAAGAGUUGGUUUCUCAUACAAGCCUUUUGGUUGAAUCGUUAACUUCUUUUGUAAAUUUUGUUCUGUUACAUCUUCCAAUUAUAUAUGAAGAACCAAUAGAACUUAAUAUAAACAAUAUCGAGGAACAAUCACCAUCAUCAUCCUUAAUCGAAGUUCGUAAGAAAGUCAUGAAUAGUCUAUCAUCAUUAAAAAGACGUUCUACAAUUCCGAUAAAAUCUGUGUUUACCACUUCAGAUAGAUCAUCAUAUCAUUACGAAAAUGGUGAAGAAAAUAGUAGGAAUUAUAAAGGUGGUGAUAGGAAUGCAAGAAAAGAUAACCAAAAAUAUGUCCGUAAUAGUAGAAGUAAUAGUACGGCAACUUCUAUUUCCGAAUUUGGACAAUCAUCUUUUCCACCUGUACACUCUUUCUCAAACAAUAUUCCAAAAUCUGGUGGUUUUAGAUCGAGAGCUGGCAGUAUAGGUUCAAAUAAAUCUAACGCAACUUCUAAUUUUUCAAUUUCGUCUGCUGUUACAAUGCCUGCUGCAUUGUAUUCAACUACAACAGCUAGAUCAAAAAAACUCGUAUUUACUGGAAAUAAUCAUAGUCAGAAUAUUCUUCUUCAUCGUUAUCACAAUCUUCAUCAUCACAACCCGAUACCAAAUCAACCAAUUUCACCAUUAUCAGGCUCUUACGAAUUAUUUUCAACCAACACCAGCAUCAACAACGAUCGUAAUAAUCAUUUACAUAAUGCCUCUACUUUACCGCCACCGUUAACAUUAGUAACUACAAACUUGCUUAAUAUACACGAAGAUGAACCAUCAUUGUUAUCGCCAUCUUUAUCAAAUAAUGUUAACGGUCAUCUUAAACACCAAAAUUCUUCAAAAUUUAAAGAACAUUUUUUGGAAGAUACAAAUUUACCCAGAAUGCCUGUUAAUUUAUUAUCAGGGAUCAUAGAAAAAGACGUUAACGCUUUAAAUAAUCUUCUCCAAGUAAUCGUCUUAUACCAUCAGAUACAAAAUACUUCAAACUACGCCAAUAACACCAAUAACAAUUCAUCACCAAGACCAAGACGUUCUUCACAUAGUAAUAUAAAAUCUUAUUUCAUGAAACAUAUUUAUUCAUCCGGAAUCUCUCCCUCAUCUAAUAAUUCCUCUUCAAAAACAUUAAAAACAUCAAAAUAUGAUUCAUUAAAUUAUUGGCCUGUGACAGAAAAUCCGAUGGUAUUCGAUUCACCUUCUUCCCCAUCUAUACCAAAUUUUAAUAUCAAUAAUAGUAGUGGUAAUGGUAACAAUAAUAGUUCUUCAAGUAAUAAGUUCUCGGGUCGUUCAUUAUUUAAAGGUUCUGUUUUAAAUGGUGUUAUAAGUGGUAUUAGCGGUAACAAUAAUACUGGGGGUAAUAGCAAUCAUAAUGGCGGUAAAAAUGCUAAAACUAAAAGAUCUAAACUUAAUAAAAUGAAUAAUGAACCAUCCAAACCUUUGCCUGAAUCAUUAAAAACUAAAGAAAUUUACGAAUUGUCACAAGAUGGAUUGGUUAUUGAGUUGGUAGAUGGAAGUCCUCGAGUUCUUGCAGGUACCCUUGAGAAAAUGUUAUUAAGAUUGGCUGAUGAAUAUGAACAAGAUAACGAAUUUAUUGAUUGUUUUGUUUUAAGCCAUGUGUUUUUUAUCACUUCAGAAGAUUUUCUUGAGAGUAUGAUAGCUCGAUUUAUCACAGAAAAUAAAAACCCAUUAAUUCAAAAAAAAGUUUUGAUUGUAUUUGAACGAUGGGUAGCAAUCCAACCACAGGAUUUUCUUAUUGACUAUAAAUUAUACGAGCGAUUAAUGAAUUUUUUAAAAGAUAAUGUGAUGAAGACAAUAACUACUACUUCAAUUACUUCAACUACCACCACAACAAAUAAUAUUAGUUGUGGAUUUCAUGAAGAAAUUGAAUAUAUUCAAAGUGCUUUAGAAAUGGAAAAAUCACGACAAGUUCAAAGAAAUCUUUUUUCAAAACGUUAUUCUAAUCUAUCAAUGUCAUCAUCAUUUAAUCCACAAUCAUCAUCUCUGAUGCUACAACAACAACAGCAGCAGCAGCAAUCAGAACCUUCUUCUUCUUUAUCAUCGUCCUUAUUAUCAACGUCCUCAUUAUCAACGUCCUCAUCAUUAACAUCAUCAACGUCUACUACUACAAUACCAUCAUCACCUUUAACAAAAAAAUCAUCAAAUUGUUCAAUUCCAAUCCCACUGCAGAUUCCAACAUUGAAUGAUUCCUCACCAUUAUUAGAAUUUGAACCUAAAUCUAUAGCAAAAUAUUUAACAUUGAUGGAUUAUUGUGCUUUGAAAUCUAUUACAUUCUUUGAUUUCAUUACUAUUUGGUGGAAAAAACGUCAAACGUUUGAAAGUGGCGGUAGUAGUAGCAAUUCGUGUACUAGUGACAAUUCGAGUGUUGAUAACAAUGGUGGUGUAAAUUUAAAAACAUAUGAAAGUCAAUUGGAUGCUUUUACGAGAAGAUCUAACAUGUAUUGUAGAGAAUGGAGCAAUUUUCAUACAGCAAUGUUUAUAGCGCUAGCAUUAAAUUCACGACCAGUUCGCCGACUAGAGAAAACAUGGGAAUCAUUGUCAAAUCAGGAUAUUUUGAAUUUACAAAAUAUCGAAGAAUUAAUUGAUACAUCUGGAAAUAUGAAAAAUUAUCGAAAAGCUUUAACAAAUGCCAACAAUAAUAGGUCUCCUGUUGUGCCAUUUUUCGCCACAUUUUUAAAAGAUUUAACAUUUAUUAUGGAAGGUAAUCCCACCUAUUUACCACUUGGUCAUCAACGAGAAGUAAAAUUACGAAAUCCAUCAAAUUUAUCAACGCCAACGAAAGAGCAUCAAUCAGAAACCCAAGAACUCAAGUUAUCUUCUUCAAAUGCGUCAUUAAAUACCGUAUCAUCAUCAACAACAACACAGUUAAUAAAUUUUGAAAAAUUUAGAUUACUGGUAAAGAAUGUUUAUAAAAUAAUAAAUUCUACAUUGGAAAUUUAUUCUUUUUCAAAUCAAUUAUCACAUCAUAUAGGUGAAGUGAUAGAAAGGCGUAUGUAUGCUGUUGCUGGUUCAAUAUUUAGUGCUAUACCACCUUGUAUGACUUAUUUUCGUGUAAUAAAUCAAAGUUCAAUAGAUAAAAUACAAAAAAUUAUUCAAGAUAUAGUUGAUGAGCAAUGUAAAAAAAAGAAUUGGUCAAAUAUGAAAAUCAAAAAACAUUCAAUUCUUCCUGAUGUUUUAUGUGUUCCAGUUAGAGGGCCUUUUGAUAAUAUCAAACCUUUUAAAAAAGAAGUUAUUGUUGAUGUUCAUACUGGUGUUUCAAUUCUUCGUGGUGCUGAUGUUUUUGCACCAGGAGUUUUAGCAGCUCAGAAUGUGGAAGCUAAUGAAGAUGUUGCUAUAAUGGUUGAUUUAGAUGGUAAAUGCUUAAGAGGAUAUUUAAAAAAUUUUACUGGUAGAAAAUUAUUUGUUGGAAAUGGAAAGAUGAUUUUGAGUCGGGAUCAAAUAUUUCAAACUGAUCCAUCAUUGGUAUCAGGAAUAGGUGUACUAAUGACACAACCAAUCUAUUGUACACCAUCAUUAUCAAAUUUAAAAUCCUUAAUUUUUCUACAAAAUCUACCAAGUAUUUUAACUGGACAUUUAUUAAAUCUAAAACCAAAUCAACGUGUAUUAGAUAUGUGUGCAUCACCAGGUGGCAAAACAACUCAUAUAGCAAAUCUUUUCUCCAACAACUAUGGUAAUAAUGAUAAUCAAAAAGAAGAACAAAGGGAUGCUUUAAUUAUAGCAAUUGAUAGGUCAGAAAAAAAAUUAGAAAAAAUUAGAAAAAAUUGUAAAGAUUGUAAAGUCAAAGAAAAUCUUGUAAAGUGUUUUUGCUUAGAUGGCACAAAAGCAGUACUUUGUCAACAAAAAGAUAUUGAUGAAUUUAGUUUUGAAAAGUUGUUGAUGAUGGAGUUGAUAGAUACACAACCUGCUUAUCAAAAAAAAUUAUUUGAAUCAGCUUUUUCACUCUUAAAACCUGGUGGAACAUUAAUAUAUUCAACUUGCACGAUAAAUCCAUCUGAAAAUGAAAAAAUUGUAUCAUGGGCAUUACAAACCUUUAAAGGAAAUUUAAUUUUAUUAGAACCUGAAAUAAAAUUGGGUAAACCAGGCCUUUUGAAUGCUGGUUUAAGUGAUGAGCAAAGAAUGAUGGUACAAAGAUUUGAUCCUAGUACAAGUAUGAAGAUGAAUGAAGAAGAUGAUUGUAAUGAUAUUGGUGGAAAAACUAUUGUUGCAAAACCAUGUGCAGACCAUCUGAUCUUACAAUUUUUAUCUACCAAAAAAAUAUAUCCUCUUGAUAUAUUAUUUAUCUCCAAUGCUUCAAAUAAUGAUUGA